UCACUGUCCACACUCCCCCUGCCCGCUGGACUCCAACAGUGUAAACUACCCACCGUCCAAAACCCUAAAAACCUCCUUCCCCAUCUUCACCACACCCUCCUCUCCUCUCUCUCUCUCUCUCUCUCUCCUCCCCACAAACCCUAACCCUGAUCCCCAUUUCUGAUUCCGAAAAAACCAUGAGACCUCAUCCAUGGCGUCUCCUCCUCCUCCUCCGCUUCCACUCUCGCUCCAAAAACCUCCACCCCCCCACCCCCCCCCCUCUCUCCCACCCCCUUCCCCCUCGCCACCUCUCCACUCCCCUCUUCCACAACCCUAGCUUUCGCCCCUUCUCUUCUUCCGAACUCGCAAUCGAACCCAAAGACUCCGACCACGUCGUCGUUUUGACCGAUAUCUUCUCCAAGUCGUCAACCAGCGACGAGAUCAAGCUCGAAUUGGACUCCAACAACAUCGUUAUCACCCACGAUUUGGUGGUUAGGGUUUUGCAGAGUCUGGGUUUGGCACCCGAUGCGGCUUGGAGGUUUUUCGGGUACGUUUCGGAGAGGGAGAGCGAGCGGUUGAGCUCAAAAUCGUAUAACUGGAUGCUGGGUAUACUUGGUUCAAAUGGGUGUGUGAAGGACUUUUGGGAUUUGGUUGAGGUUAUGAAGAGGAAAGGGUACGGAGUGAAGAAGGGCGCAAGUGUUAGGGCAUUGAAGAGAUUCGAGAGAGAAGGGUUAGGUAGUGAUGUGGAGGGUUUGAGAGAGAUAUACGCGAGUGGGUCGGUCGAUGAUUCGGUUGAGAAGGUGUGUUCGCCGGUUUGUAAGGUGGUUAGGGGAGAAGUGUGGGGAGGUGAGGUUGAGAAGUGUUUGCGCGAAUUGAAUGUUUCGUAUUCGAGUGAGUUGGUUUCGAUGGUUUUGGGGAGUCUUGGAUCGGAGCCGAAUAAGGCGCUGAUAUUCUUUCGGUGGAUUCAGGAAAGCAAUUUGUUUGAGCAUGAUGAGGGCAGUUAUAAUGCUAUGGUUAGGGUUUUGGGGAGAGAGGAUUGUGUUGAGAAGUUUUGGAGGUUGGUGGAUGAAAUGAGGGGCGCUGGUUUUGAGAUGGCGAGGGAGACGUAUAUUGAGGUUUUGGGGCAGUUUGUUAAGAGGAAGAUGAUAAAGGAUGCUGUUGAUUUGUAUGAGUUUGCGAUGGGUGGUGCCAACAAGCCCUCAAUUCAAGAUUUCACCUUUCUUUUGAGGAAAGUGGUGGUUAAUAAGGAGCUGGACAUGGAAUUAGUUCUGAAAGUUAUCCAGGCUUUUACAGAAGGCGGGAAUGUGCUGACGGAUUCGAAUGUGGAUGCAGUUCUUAAGUCCUUGACUAGUGUUGGUAGACUUGGAGAAUGCAAUAAGAUCUUGAAAGCUAUGGAGGAAGGCGGUUUCUUACCUAGUGAUACAUUGAGGAGUAAAAUUGCCUUCCAGCUUAGUAGCAAGGGGGAAAAGGAAGAAGCAAAUGAGUUUGUGGAUACUAUGGAAGCUUUUGGGUCUAGUUCAAAUAACAAAAUAUGGGCAUCUUUAGUUGAAGGGCAUUGUGUUGCCGGUCACCUUGAUGAAGCUUCGGAUUGCUUUCAAAAGAUGGUUGAAAAAGAGGGCGGCCCUUGUGUUGCCUAUGCGGAAGAAUUGUUGGUUAAUGCAUACUGCAAUAAGAAUAGGGCAAUGGAUGCCUGCAAGCUAGUGAUUGAUAUGAUCAAUGAGAAACAGUUGAAGCCUUCACAUUCUACGUACAAGUUACUCACUAGCAAGGUAUUGGUUCAGGGAGGUUUGAAAGAAGCUUUGGAGCUUUUGGGUUUUAUGAAAGUUGAUGGUUUUCCGCCUUUCUUGGAUCCAUUCAUCGAUUACCUAUCAAAGACCGGAACUGCUGAUGAAGCUAGGUUGUUUCUGGAAGGGAUGACUGUUAAGAGGGUUCCAUCUACGGCUGUAUUUCUUCGCGUCUUUGAAGCAUACCUCAAGGCUGGAAGGCAUAACGAAGCGCACAAUCUCCUUUCUAAAUGUCCGCCGUAUAUUCGUAACCAUGCUGAUAUUUUGGAUCUCUUCUUUACCAUGAGGUCUGAAGCUGCGGCUGCUACCACAUGUGUUGCUGCUUAGAAUUUAGACUCUGUACCUUUGUAGCAGAGUUUUUGAGGUUGCGGUAGUGUGAUAUUUCUUCAAAGGCUUUAGUAUCAAUUUUCUUAUCUUUUUCCCCUGUUACAUUAGUCAAUUUGUUGGAGGUAAAUCAACUUUGCUUUGCAACCAUAAAGUUAGGGGUAUUGAAAAGUUUCGGUUUUCCCAUUGACAGUUUUCUCCUGUGUUGUCUGUGAUAUCUCGAGCAGUUUGUGAAUUAGUAGACUUGUGAUAGGAUACAAGGAAAUGAGCAGAGUGUUGAUUAAUCUGAGUCUUUAAUGUUGUCAGAACUA